UUUCCUUGACUUUACAGCAGCUGCGUGCCCGGGGACAAAACGGUGCUGCUGGCCCUCCGUGCAGCAUUUAUGUCCUUUAGGACAGGACCAGAUGCCGUCGGUAAGCACUCCCCAUAUGCCUACGUGCUCCCUCCCACCCCGCGACCACCGCCGCCAGAGCCGGGACCCGCGGGGCGGAGGAGGAGCAAGCAAGGGGCGGGGCGCCCCCCGCGCCGCCCCCUCCCCGCCGGCAGGGGGCGCUCGCCCCCGGGGACACACAUAAGAUGGCGGCGACGGCGUUAGCGAGCGGCAGAGCCGGGACCCUCUGACAGCGCUGCCGCCAUGUUGGUGAGGGCGGGAGCGGCAGUAGCAACGACCCUGCCUGGGCUGCGGCGGUUGUGGCGGGGCGGGGGGAGCGGGGCCGCCGCCUGCUUCCCGCUGAGCCGGGCGCUGCUGGCCGUGCGAGGCGCGGAGGCCGCCGCCUUCCUGCAGGGGCUGCUCACUAAUGACGUCACGCGGCUGGUGGCGGAGGGCAGCCCCCCCGCGGGCGCUGGCGGCACCGCGGCCCCGGCGCGGGCGCUCUACGCGCAUGCGCUCAACGUGCAGGGCCGCUGCCUGUAUGACGUCAUCCUGUACAGGCUUCACAAGAGUCCAGAAGAAGAGCCACGCAUCCUGCUGGAGUGUGACAACAGCGUGCUGGACGCCCUACAAAAACAUCUGAAACUGUACAAGAUCCGGAGGAAAGUAAACAUCACUCCUUGCCUUGACCUUUCUUUGUGGGCCAUUGUCCCCAGGGAGGGGACUGGAGACAUUGCCAGUUCCCUCACUCAGUGUGCAGACCAGGCUCUGAUUUUAACUCCUGACCCCAGAACAGAAGCCAUGGGCUGGAGACUGAUUACAAAGAAAGGAGCAAAUCUGUCAGAGAUUAUCCCUGGAAGUCACAUUGGAGAUGUUGAGGAUUACCACAGGCACAGGUAUAAACAAGGAAUUCCUGAAGGUGUGAAAGAUCUCCCUCCUGGAGUAGCCCUCCCACUGGAAUCCAACCUGGCGUACAUGAAUGGUGUCAGUUUUACCAAAGGCUGUUACAUUGGACAGGAGCUGACAGCCAGGACCCACCACGUGGGCGUCAUUCGCAAGCGUCUGCUGCCAGUCCAGAUCUCAGCUCCUCUUCCCAAGGACAGCAUUCCCGAGGGGGCUGAGAUCCUAACCCAGUCUGGAAAGUCAGCUGGCAAGUUCCGUGCUGGAAGAGGUGAUCUUGGCAUUGCUCUGCUGAGGUUAGCUAAUGCUAAUGAAACACUCAGCCUCAACCUAGCAGGGCAUAAAGUGAAGCUCACUGCAAGUAUUCCUGAGUGGUGGCCAAAGAAUUCUGGUAAAUAGAUGAGGCAUUUAUUGCACAUUUGCCUUAUUGAGAAUAGAUUUUUGUGGCAUAAAUUUGGGAGGGCAGCUAUGCCCUCAGCUGCUGUUUGUGGUGUUUGAUGGUGAGGGGGCAUUACAGGAUUCUUUAGAUCAGGACAGAACAGCAGGAACCCAAAGCUGUUGUACCCAUGGAGUGUUGCUGAUCAGAAUAACCAUUCUAUGGUGUUCUGGUGGGUUUUGUUAAUGGAGAUCAUGCUUCUCUUACCUUGCAGAUGAUACAUACUCAGGCUGAAGUGAGCAGAUUGCUCCUUGCACUGAGCUGCUUCUUAAACUUGCUGAUUCUUGGGUUUUUUCCCUCCCACUCUAACUGCUGAUGGUGUUCAGGAAGAGGAAUACCUGUACUCUACAUUUCAGACUUGAGUUCUCUGGUGGAAAAGCUCUCAAAGAUCGUUGUUCUCUGGUUCAGCACUAGCAGCAACCAGCUCCUCUGGCACACCUGACCCUGGUCCUGCACAUUUCCUUCCUUAGAUAAGCAUUUCAGAGGGAAGUGCUACAUUAGAGAGAUAAGGUUCACUGGUGCCUGCCCUGGGUGACUUGUAUGGGUGCGCUGGUGCUUGGCAGACAAAUCUCUCAGCAGAAGCAUGCCCUCCAGUUGCUGACAACAGCUGAGGGAUGGAUUUUGGUGGAGGUUUUUUGCGUUACCAUCUUUGAUUGUUCAUAAUGUAGAAAAAUCUUCUGCACUUCCCUGAAGCCUUUGGCAGGAGUUAGCUCACUGGUAACUCCAGCCUGUACCCCUUUCAGACCUUUGCUCCAUCCCUGAGCUUUUAGCUGCAGUCCCUGGAGAGCAGCUUAAUGCUCCUAGCUAAGCCUGGAGUUUCUGAGGGAGGAUUUUCACCAUGCUCUGAUGCUUCACCACCAUGAUUUUUCUGAGAGCCCUUUGUAUGCAAAACCCUAUCCCUCCUACUGUCUCUAGCUGUAGUUUGCUCAAUCCACCAUCUCCUGUGGUACUCAAGAGCAGCCCAAUACUUCAGCCUUUCUUUGCUGCUUGUUCUGGCUCCUGCUGCUCUUCUCUCUUCACAGUUUCUCUUGCUUCUGCAGCAUCUCUCUUUGCUUCCCCAAAGCAAAUCAGCUCUGUGCCUCCUUGCCUCCUCAGCCUGCAGGAGCCCUCCUGCAUUGGUGUGCAUGUGCAUGUGUGUGUGUAAGGGCACAAUGAGAGAGAGACGCAGGCAAGAUCCCACACAGACCAAAAAAUAAACCUCUUGUGUGCCUAUUUGUGACAAAAAUUGGCAUUUCUGUUGAGCCAUUACUGUGAAAAAUGCUCAUAUUGGUUAAAACUUAAUGCUUGCUGUAAAAUGAGUUUGUGGACUAUCUCAUUAAAAGUUGGUUGUAAUUUAAA